AAUCAAUCACCUCUCAACCCACAACCCAACCCAACUCAAAUCAAACCAUUCAAUUCGAAUACAAUUCCUACAUUCUCCAAAUCACUCAAUUCCAUUCAUUCUGUUUCAUACUCUGUUUUUUUUUUUUGAGCUAAGUAUCUUCAUCGAUGGCGUCCACGGGCAAAGAAGGAAAAGCAAUUGGAAUCGACCUCGGCACAACCUACAGCUGCGUUGGAGUAUGGCAAAACGACCGAGUCGAGAUCAUCCCAAACGACCAAGGCAACCGAACCACUCCAUCCUACGUGGCCUUCACUGACACUGAGCGACUCAUCGGCGAUGCUGCCAAGAACCAGGUGGCUAUGAACCCACAAAACACCGUGUUUGAUGCCAAACGCCUCAUCGGCCGCCGAUUCUCUGACCCCUCGGUCCAGAACGACAUGAAGCUCUGGCCCUUCAAACUCAUCUCUGGUCCUUCAGACAAACCUUUGAUAGUUGUCAAAUUCAAAGGCGAAGAGAAACGAUUCUCUGCAGAAGAGAUUUCGUCGAUGGUUCUCAUCAAAAUGAGAGAAAUCGCAGAGGCUUAUUUGGGGCAAAAGAUCAAAAACGCAGUGAUCACUGUUCCGGCGUACUUCAAUGAUUCUCAGAGACAAGCUACCAAGGACGCCGGAGCGAUUUCAGGCCUCAAUGUGAUGAGAAUCAUCAACGAGCCUACUGCGGCCGCGAUCGCUUAUGGGUUGGAUAAAAAGGCUUCAAAUUCCGGUGAAAAGAAUGUUCUUAUAUUCGAUUUAGGCGGCGGAACGUUCGAUGUUUCACUGCUUACAAUCGAAGAAGGGAUUUUCGAGGUGAAAGCGACCGCCGGAGACACCCAUCUCGGCGGCGAAGAUUUUGAUAAUAGGCUUGUGAAUCACUUUGUUGCAGAGUUCAAGAGAAAGCACAAGAAGGAUAUAAGUGGGAAUGCAAGAGCUUUGAGGAGGCUCAGAACUGCUUGUGAGAGAGCUAAGAGGACUCUGUCUUCAACCACACAGACUACAAUCGAAAUUGAUUCAUUGUAUGAAGGGAUUGACUUCUAUGCUACCAUUACCAGAGCUAGAUUUGAAGAAUUGAACAUGGAUUUGUUCAGGAAAUGUAUGGAACCAGUGGAGAAAUGUCUCCGGGACUCGAAAAUCGAUAAGAGUCGGGUUCAUGAGGUUGUUCUUGUUGGUGGGUCGACUCGAAUUCCUAAAGUUCAGCAGCUUUUGCAGGACUUUUUCAAUGGGAAAGAGCUUUGCAAGAGUAUAAACCCUGACGAGGCGGUGGCGUACGGAGCGGCGGUUCAGGCGGCGAUUUUGACCGGCGAAGGGAACCAGAAGGUUCAGGACCUUCUCCUCCUCGACGUCACGCCUCUCAGCCUCGGAAUCGAGACUGCUGGAGGUGUGAUGACAGUUCUGAUACCGAGAAACACCACAAUACCGACCAAGAAAGAGCAGAUUUUCUCGACUUAUUCAGAUAAUCAACCCGGUGUUUUGAUUCAGGUUUACGAAGGAGAGAGGCCGAUGACGAAAGACAACAAUCUUUUAGGGAAAUUUGAGCUUGCGGGUAUUCCACCGGCCCCAAGAGGUGUCCCACAGAUCAAUGUGUGUUUCGACAUUGAUGCGAAUGGGAUCUUGAAUGUGUCGGCGGAGGAUAAGACGGCUGGAGUGAAGAACAAGAUCACGAUUACGAAUGAUAAAGGGCGGUUGAGUAAGGAAGAGAUUGAGAAAAUGGUGAGGGAUGCUGAGAAGUAUAAGGCCGAGGAUGAGCAAGUGAAGAAGAAGGUUGAGGCGAAGAACUCGCUUGAGAAUUACGCGUAUAAUAUGAAGAAUACUGUGAAGGAUGAGAAGUUUGCUGGGAAAUUGGAUCCCGAAGACAAGAAAAAGAUUGAGAAGGCGAUCGAUGAAGCGAUUGAGUGGCUUGAUCGGAAUCAAUUGGCGGAAGUGGAGGAGUUUGAGGAUAAGUUGAAGGGGUUGGAGAAUUUGUGCAAUCCAAUCAUAGCUAAGAUGUAUCAGGGUGCUGGUGAUGGUGAUGUGCCUAUGGGUGGCGGCGCUAGCAUGCCUGGUGGUGGCUAUGGGAAUGCCGGUUCUGGUGGUGCUGGUGCAGGGCCUAAGAUUGAGGAAGUUGAUUGAAACUUUUUAAGGGGUUCUCUUGGACAUUGACGUUUAUUAGCUCUGUUUUUACUCUGUUUUACAAAUAAAGUAUAUAGCUCUUACUUCUUAGUGAGCUGUGAAGGGUAAUGAACUUUUAUGUAUAUGUAAUUGUUAUAUUGUUAAUAAAAGAUAUUGUUUUGUUUAUUCCCUUU